GACUUGCAGAUGGUUAACCUUCGUGCAUCACUCAAAAUAUUUUAUCUAAAGCAGCCAAUAGCUAAAUAGGACAGUUCUGAUUGGUCUUUUUGAGAAUAGCCCAAGGACGACACUCAUAACCAAAGGAGUCGAAAGAACUUCAGUGAAGUACAUUUUGUAAUACGACAACACUUAUAUUGUUAACUACUUAGUGAAUAACACUACUAUAACUAACUGUUAAAUAAUAUUAUGGAUGUGCAAUUGUGCGAUGGUUCAUUGGGUGAUGAGAAAGAUGGUACAAACUCUUUGGGAACUAUAGUUACAGAAGAUUCUAGUGGAAACAUUCCAAAUGUAAAUUCAAAUAUAAAUGUAUAUGAUUGUAUGGAGUUCAAGCGAAAGCGCUCCGUUAUAAAAGAAAAGCGUUUUGUGAUAAAUGAUAUGGUUGAAACAGUUGAUUUUGGUCUACUACCUGAGGGUUGGCUCCAACUACGUCAUAUUUCUGGACUUAAUGUAUAUUUACACAGAUCAAGCCGAGUGGUGACACUUUCAAGACCAUAUUCUAUUGGACCGAGUAGUGUACGUCACCAUCGUAUUCCUGUAUCGGCUAUUCCAUGUUUGGCUUAUCGUAAAGCUAGUGGAAAAUUUUUUUAUCCAACUGAAUCUCAUACGGUCCCUUCAGAAUUCACUAGUCCAGUGAAUGAGUUAAAUAAUAAAACAGUAUGUUGUCCGUUUGAAAUAUCACCAACAAACAUCCCAUCUGAAGAUGUACAAACAGUCCAAAAGUUAGACCUAUCUAAUGAAUCGUUAGAAGAUGAAGUGUCAGUGAUAAAUAACAAGCAUGAGGAUGAGCUAUCAAUUGAUGGUGGUGCUUCAGUAUCAUUCAGUCGUAGUAGAAAUAACUCGUUUUCAUUACCUGAAGAUAACAAUAAUACUAAUCGCGAUAUUGUUGAUGUAGUGAAAAGUAAAAAUUCCGAUAAAGAAGAAGGUGAAUUAUCUUCUGGUGAUGAUGAAAAAGAGAAUUCAUUUGAAGAUGAUAGUCGAGCUAAAAAACCACGUUUGAAUAAUAAUGACGAUGUUAGUGAUGGUGUUGGUGAAGAUUCAAUCAACUGUUCAUCCAAUGAAACAUCAUCUUUACAAAAUUCGUUACCUAAAGCAGCUGAAGAAGUGUCAAAUACUUGUAAUAACGUUCUAUAUAACAGAUCAACUCAUUUUGGAAAUAGAUAUCGUAAAUUUAGACGUGGUAAUCUUCUAACCAAAAGAUCUUGUUUAACAACAUCACCAAAUGUUCAACUGUCAGAGUCUGAUCGUAUAUCCAACGUAUCUACCAAUAAACAAAAUGAGGUACCUACUGGAACUCAAGAAAUUGUUGCUGUUAAAACUCAGGUGUUUUCUAUUAAAGACAAAGAAAAAGAAUCUCUGUUGACACCUGAUGAUAUUCGUGAAUAUUGUGGACGUCUUUUUGAAAUCAGAAUAGAAGAUACAGUAAUUAAAAGAAAUCGUGAAUAUCAUUGUACAACAGAUCUUACUACUAAAGAAUCAGAGGACAUGCAGAAACCAUUACUGAUGAUGUCAGAACAGGCAAAAGUUAUUCGAUAUCAAAUACCAUCGACUGAUGGAAACGUUUCGCGAAAGCAGCCUAAAGAGGGUAUGAUCAAUAUGACUGGUAAAUCAUAUGUUUGCAUUCUUCAUGAGUAUUGCCAAAAUGUUAUACGUCGUCCGCCGACAUAUCAGACAACAGUUCUUGAAAAUGAUAAAAAUCCCUAUCAAAUGACAGUAUUUAUUAAUGGUAAUCCAUAUGGAACCGGUACAGGGCAAAGUAAAAAGUGUGCAAGAUUAGAAGCGGCUCGUAAGGCGCUUGAAGUUUUAAUUCCGGAUUUUCAAAAGAUUGCAUGUAACAAUUCACAUCAAACAGGUCCAGUGGUAGCCUCUGAUCGUGAUAUGCAGUUGUUCGAUUCCAUUUCGGUGACUGAUCCACGUUUAUAUGAAUUAUCUGUGCGUAUGGCAUUACCUACUCCAUAUAAUCUACUUGUUGAAUGUUUAAGUCGAAGUUGUGUUCCUGAGUCUGAUUUGAAGUCAAAUAUGAUAUCUCAAGGACGCAGUAAACACUUUUUCACUUUACAGCUGAGAGAACAUACUGUUAAGGUUAGAUGUAAAAACAAAAGAGAAGGUCGUCAUUUAUCUGCUCAACAUCUUUUAGCCCGUCUACAUCCUGAAGUUAGUACCUGGAGUGGUCUUUUACGUAUUUAUGGUCCGGGUAGUAAACCAGACAAGCGAAAUGAGUUGGAAACAAUCCAAGAUGCACAAAUUCAACAGAAGUCUGCUGUAAAAGCUAGUUUAAUUCGUUUAUUAAAAGCGAAAAUGAGUGAAUUAGCUGAUCAGUGGGAAAAGUCUGGCGGAAAUUCGAAUCCGAAAGGGAAGUUUUUUGUUUCACCCUACAACCUUCCUGUGGUCGCUUUCCAUCCCGACUCUGAGGGUGACUUGUACAGUUCUGCACCGAUUGCAUCUUCUUCCUCCCCGCCCAUACUACCCCCAACAUCGGAUUAGUCAAUUUUGUAGUGUGAUUUCCAUUUCCAAUAAUAAAACAUUUCCAUUUUUCUUCCCGUACUGUUCACUGAUUUUUCUGUAUUUACUUUGUCACUGUACUGAAUAUAAGUCAUAAUACUUGA